GAUUUGUAACCUCAACCACUUCCGAAAAAUCCUCUCGUGUUUGACAAGACCAAAAAAAUGUCCACUUUAGGAAUUUGUGAAACCCCCGGUUGUGAAAACAGCGCGAAAUUACAGUGUCCCUCAUGCCUAAAACUAGGCAUUCAAGGUUCAUUCUUCUGCUCCCAAGAAUGUUUCAAAUCGAAUUGGAAAAACCACAAAAUCAUCCAUUCAUUAGCCAAGGGCGAAAACCCUGAUGGAAUAAAAGAAACCGCCUACAAUCCUUGGCCUUACUACACCUUCACCGGUAAGCUGCGCCCCUUCCCGCAAACCCCCAAACGUACAGUGCCCCCCUCAAUCGGCCGGCCCGAUUACGCCGAGCACCCGGCAGGCCUCCCUCUAAGCGAGCAAGCCGUCAAAGGCUCCGGCCAGAUUAAGAUUCUCGACGAUGAGGAGAUUGAAGGAAUGCGUGUUGCUUGUAAACUCGGUCGGGAGGUGCUCGACGAAGCCGCGAGGGUCUGCGACGUGGGGGUCACCACUGAUGAGAUCGACCGUGUGGUGCACGAAGCGUGUCUUGAGCGUGAUUGUUACCCCUCGCCUUUGAACUACUACGAAUUUCCCGCUUCGUGCUGCACGAGCGUCAACGAGGUGAUUUGUCACGGAAUCCCCGACACUAGGCCCCUUAAAGACGGCGAUUUGUGCAAUGUGGACAUCACAGUCUACCACAGGGGCUUCCACGGCGACUUGAACGAAACCUUCUUCGUGGGCAAUGUCAGCGAGAAGCAUAAGAAUUUAGUCAAAGUGACACAUGAGUGCCUUAUGAAAGCCAUCGCGAUUGUGAAGCCGGGGGAGAAGUACCGGGAAAUCGGAAAUGUGAUCCAGAAACACGCACAAGCACAUGGGUAUUCAGUGGUGAGGAGUUACUGUGGACAUGGGAUUCAUCGGUUGUUUCAUACAGCCCCCAAUGUGCCCCAUUAUGCAAAAAAUCGAGCUGUGGGGGUCAUGAAGCCGGGUCAUUGCUUUACUAUUGAACCCAUGAUUUCGAUGGGGACUUGGAGGGAUGAAAUGUGGCCAGAUAAGUGGACUGCUGUCACUGCAGAUGGGCAAUGGUCAGCGCAGUUUGAACACACCCUACUUGUCAAUGAAACAGGCUGUGAAAUACUCACGAGACGACGCAACUCCGACGGUUCGCCCCAUUUUAUGGACAAAAUGUAAAAAUUUUCACGAAUAACCUCAAUAAACAACUUUCGUUCGUAACAAUAA